AUGGUGAUGGCAGCCAAUGUCGAAAGCACAAUUUAUAAUGUAGCUAAGUUUCGUGUUUAUGUUCAUGAAAACGAAAGCGGGCCGAAUAGAAAUGUUUAUGAGGUUGGUCGGGCCAACAUCACGGCUAGUUCCCCGACGUCGUUCGGGCUGGUCUCCGUGGGAGACGGGUUGAUGACGAGCGGGCCUGACGUGAACACGGGGAAGCUAGGGCGAGCUCAGGGCUUGGGAGUAAGUUCGAGCCUAACAGAAUCGGUGAAAACGAUAACUGGGUAUUUUGUGUUCACGGAAGGAAAAUAUCGCGGGAGCACCCUAAUUGCGUUGGGACGGAUUAACGAAGAGGUUUCUGUUGUGGGUGGUACGGCUCUCUUUCGAUUGGCGCGAGGAUAUGCCAAUUCCUUUACUUACUCUAAUGAUCCUCGCACUGCCAAUAGUAUCAUUGUUUAUGAUUUCUAUGUUAACCUCAACUAG